UGAAACUGCGAGAGGAGCCCCUCGAGCAGGCAUCACCUCGUCUUUGUCGCAUGCGCUGCGGCAUCUCUGUUCUGGUUUGUUUUGAUCUUGAUCCUUUGACGUUGUCAACGAAAACCCGCACCUGACUGCCUUGCAACGCCCGCGCCGCCAUGAUCACACGGCCUCAGCCUCGUCGAUAGAUCGCCUCCGCCCCGAUUCCAACAAGAGACGACCUCCGCUGAUCAAAUACUCGAGUAUGCCGAUCGGGGUCGGCGCGAUCAUGUCUACACCUUUCCCAUCUCUGAUGUCAAUUGUUGGGGAGAGCGACGGGCGCAUUACGAAGGAUAUGGACGAGAUUCCCAUGCCAGAUUCGAUACAAAGCGAUACACAGAUACUAGUCACAGACGCCAAACCUCCCUCUAGAACACUGCAGCCACCUACACAGUCCUUACACCAUCGAGACAGUGUCACCUCGAUAACGACUGCCUCGACUGAAUCAUCACCUACAACUACAAAUUCCACCUUUGACUCCCCACUGUUGUCAGACCCUUCACCGUCCUCUUCACCAGAAUCCGCGACAUCUCUUCCUUCGACAUCACCUUUCAGGAACAUAAUGGCAUCUCAUGCUGAGGUCUUGCCUUCAGACCGACAACAACAAAAUUCCAAACCUUUUGAAACCUCAACCGACAACUCAGCGGAGCCGACGGGCCCUAUCGAGUCUCCCAAGAAUCUCAAGAAUCUUUCACUUAACAUCAAUGCCGUAGUCCUACCUCGUCCGGCGACAGGGAAAGGUCUCGAGAUCUCGCAUGCUUUCUCUGCUCCCACCUCACCGUUGAAAGAUACUCCCAGAACAGGACGAAGGAAGCCCGCCAACCUCACCAUCAGAACCCCUGGCUUCCAGCAGCUGUCGUUUCCUCGAGCACUGGAUGUGCCUCCAACACCCAGCUCGAGACCAUCAUUGCACCACAUGCAGUCUUCACCCGCUCUCGCUGCGCUAGCAUCUCCCGCCAAACCUCCUCCACAAGGGUUAUUCCUUCGUUUGCCCCCAAAUGGAGAUUUGCACUCCGGAUCUGGCUCUGAUUCUAGCAGUUCGAGUCAUUCUGCUAACGGCGCACUUCCGGAAUUGAAAGAGGAAGACGAGUUUCGCCCACAGAGGUCACAAGAGACACAGGAGAAAGGGUAUCCUAAAGGCCCUGUGCUGAUAUAUGACAGCGGUGUGUACUUGUAUCUCGAGCCGACUGCUGAAGAGGCCAGUAAUUUUGAUACUGUCAUCAACGUGGCCAAGGAAAUCAAAACGCCAUUUGAAACUAUCAUUGUGGAACCGGCGGUGUCAGAACCACAAACUGCCAUCUCGGAAAUGUCUUUCAAGUCUGCUUGGGAGUGGCCACGAGCAGGGGAGACGCCAACACCCACCACACCGAAGCCCGGCGAUUUCAAUCAGAAGAAACAACCCGAGUACCUGCAUAUACCUUGGGAUCAUAACUCCGAGAUAUUAGAGGAUCUAUACUCAUUAUGUCGGAUCAUCGAUGAACGAGUCCAGGCCGGCAAAAAGGUCCUGAUACACUGUCAGCUGGGUGUGUCCCGAUCAGCUUCGUUGGUGAUUGCUUAUGGCCUGUACAAGGGCUACCAACCUGAUUUUCAUUCCAUGUACAUGAGUGUCAAGCAGAGGAGCCAAUGGGUUGGACCCAACAUGAGUCUGAUCUAUCAGUUGACGGACUUCCGGUCAAAGGUGGUCAAAGGCGUCUAUGCUGAGAACUCUUACCUCCCUCCCCCAGCGUGGUGGAAGUCACAGGCAUCAACGUCUCCUGUCAUGGACACUCCAGUCGCCAAAAGACCUUUGCGGCAGCAAUCUGCGCCGCAGCAAGAGACUUCUAGUGCUUUCACCGAAUCGCGCAAACCCGAGUUAAUACCUGGGAUGAAGGAUGAGAUGCAGCCUUGGCUCCACAAGAUCCUGCCUCCAGUGCCUCUGUUCCCGAAGGAGGAUCAAGCCGAUACCCUGGCUACACCUGUGAAGUUGAAGGGUAUUCUAGGAGGCAUUGCACAGCAAGAUACUGAGCAGGAAGCACAAUCAGAGUUGCGGCCCACCACUGAAUCGACCAGUGCUUCUCGAAGUGUGUCUCCCAGACCGCUUCCAUUCCGCGAACGCUUUGAUAUGCCAUCAAGUGUUCAGCCGACAUCUGUUCCAUCAAAGCCUACAAAUCUCGGCAUUCUGACCAGCUCACCACGAAUGGACCUUGCCAUGCACGAUGUACCGGAAACUCCAUCACUUUUUUCGCCACGAGCCACGGAAUUCAUGGCUUCGCCUUUCGGCAUUACCACUGCAGGAGAUCUCGCUGUACCCAGCCUCAAAUCAAAGCCCUCGAAGGGUCUACUUGUUCCUCUCCAGCGGGUGAUGGAUCCGCCAUCCGACCCGACAGACGAUCAGAUACCCACGAGGAUUGAUCCAAGAAGCCCUCAUCAACAGGGGGAAGCUCCAGAAAUAUUGAGAAACAUUGAUGACUUUUUAUAAGACGACCCUAUGGGUAGUAGCGAGCAUGGAACUUGGAAUAAUGUCUGAAUGAAAUGGACAUUGAAGCAUUUCUUGGGAAUACAGCAUGGCGUUCUGGGAAGAAGAAUUAUGUUUAUGGAAGUGCAUUGCAUGAAUCUGCUGUGACCAGGAAAAAU